UUUUAUAACAAGAUUUAACCAAUAAUCAACCCCAUCUUCGUUGGCACAACAAAACACAAACGAGCAGCAUUUAGAAUUCAGAGAGAGAGAGAGAAAGAGUUCAUCUCCACCACCCAUCGAACGCUUCAAGGGCAUUGUUUUCAGGCUAAAAUAAGCUAAACAACCGUGAAUUUGUCAGAGUGAUCGGAAGAGGAAAUAAAAUAGAAGAUAGAAGAAGAAGAAUAAGAAGAAAAACGAACAACGGGGUUUCUUGACCUGGUGUGUUAGUCCGUGAUCAGGUCUUCUGAGCGAAGAGAAGAUCUGAGGCUCAAUUGAAGAAAUAUGAGCGCUUCUAGAUUCAUAAAGUGCGUCACAGUCGGUGAUGGCGCUGUCGGGAAGACCUGUCUCUUGAUUUCCUACACCAGUAACACCUUCCCCACGGAUUACGUCCCAACUGUAUUUGAUAAUUUCAGUGCCAAUGUCGUUGUCAAUGGUGCCACUGUGAAUCUUGGCUUGUGGGAUACUGCUGGACAGGAGGAUUACAACAGAUUAAGACCAUUGAGUUAUCGUGGAGCUGAUGUUUUCAUUUUGGCAUUUUCCCUCAUCAGCAAAGCCAGCUAUGAAAAUGUUUCCAAAAAGUGGAUUCCAGAGUUGAAGCAUUAUGCCCCUGGUGUCCCGAUUGUUCUUGUUGGGACAAAACUCGAUCUUCGGGAUGAUAAGCAGUUCUUUGUAGACCACCCUGGUGCAACCCCCAUAACUAAUGCUCAGGGAGAAGAGCUAAAGAAGACAAUUGGAGCACCUGAAUAUAUUGAAUGUAGUUCAAAAACACAGGAGAAUGUGAAGGGAGUUUUUGAUGCUGCGAUAAAAGUCGUUCUUGCCCCUCCAAAGUCAAAGAAAAAGAAGAAAGCGGGUCAAAAGGCUUGCUCUAUAUUAUGAUUGGAUGUGAGGUCAAUGGAGAGAAGACCUAGCUAUGUUUUUUUUUUUUUUUUUUUUUUUUUUACCUUUUUGCCCCUCUUUUCUCGCUCUUUCAAAGGAAGUCAUCGAGGCUAACAAAGUCAAAAGAAAAUUGUUAUGGAUGGAUUCAUUUCUGAAUUCUCAUAUAUUCAUUAAUUUGUAUUUGAUCUUUUUGAUUCUUGGAGAUGCUCUUUAUGUACUAAUCUUGUAGUUGGCCUAAAUGAUAUGCUUGUUAUCAUCUUCUUUAUGCAUUUUCUUGUUGAUUUGUUCA